UGCAGACGAAGAAAUGGAGGCUAGAGACAAGCAAGUGCUUCGCUCCCUUCGCCUGGAGCUGGGUGCGGAGGUACUGGUGGAGGGACUGGUUCUUCAGUAUCUUUACCAGGAAGGGGUCCUGACAGAAAACCAUGUUCAAGAAAUCAAAGCUCAAGCCACAGGCCUCCGGAAAACAAUGCUGCUGCUGGAUAUCCUACCUUCCAGAGGUCCUAAAGCAUUUGAUGCAUUCCUAGAUUCCUUGCAGGAAUUUCCCUGGGUUAGGGAGAAGCUGGAGAAGGCAAGGGAAGAAGCCAUAACUGAGCUGCCUGCAGAUGACCAGAUGACUGGUAUCCCCCCGCACAUCCUCAACAGCUCCCCAUCCGACCAGCAGAUCAACCAGCUGGCUCAGAGGCUGGGCCCUGAGUGGGAGCCUGUGGUGCUGUCUCUGGGCCUGUCCCAGACGGAUAUCUACCGCUGUAAGGCCAACCACCCCCACAACGUGCAGUCGCAGAUGGUGGAGGCCUUCAUCCGCUGGAGGCAGCGCUAUGGGAAGCAGGCCACCUUCCGGAGCUUGCACAGAGGCCUCCAGGCCAUGGAGGCGGACUCCUCGGUGCUCCAGCAUAUGUUGGAGUGAUGGGGUCUCCCUCCAUCAACCCAUGGGGAAGUGUGUCCCCAAGUUGCGUGUGCAGAAUCCUGACUUUCUCCCAGGGCAGGUAGUUUUGGG